AUGCCGAAGCGCUCGUCGCAGACGACGAAAUCCAAGAACCCGCUGGCGGACUUGGGCGACUUCGACUUCCACGCGCUCUGGGACGACAUCAACGGCGGCGGCGCGUCCAAGGAGCCGGCGGCGCCGGCCAAGGCGGCGCCGGCCAAGGCGGCGCCGGCCAAGGCGGCGCCGGCCAAGGCGAAGCGCGCGAGCCUGGGCAUCAACUCGUCGCUGCGGACCCUCUUCGGCGGCUCCGCGGACAAGGGUCCGGCGGCGGCGCCGGAUCCGCCGCCGUCGGCGCGCGGCGACCCGGGCGCGCGGACCGCGGCCGAGCCCGCGGCGCGCGCCGCGGCCGACCGGCGGCCGUCGCUGGGCGUGUCGAGCUCCGUGCGGAAGCUCUUCGGCGCCCGGGAGAAGGCGCCCGACGCCGCGCCGCGGCGCGGCAGCCUGUCGUCGUCGAUGAAGAACCUCUUCGAGAAGCGGCCGUCGGCGGCCGACGGCCGGCCCGCGCUGAAGCGCCGCGGCUCGUCCAUGCGGCGCCGGUCGUCCAUGUCGGCGCUGCUGGGCACGGACACGCUCCACCACAAGUCCCAAAAGGCCGGCCACCUGAGCGCGAACCUCAUCGGCGA